GUUCUAUGACUAUCUUUGUGAGCUUUAAUGUGACGCUGUGGUUUGAAAAGUGGCGUGUCAGAAAUUGUUAAUAGAACAGUUUGAAAGUGAUACACGUUCGCAUGUGUAGAGCAUGGAGCUCAGUGAUUAGUAAAUAAAUGUGUUCGGUUUUUUUUUAAAAAAAAGCAAUGUGAAGAGGUGCAGAUAGUGAAAGUGGACUUGAAAAAGGAAGUGUAAUAUUCGUGUGUUCGAUGUGGUUGAAAACAUUUCACGUGAAGUUGGGUUCAUUGAGUUUUUUUGAAAAUGCCAGAUAUUAAAAUUACCCCACUUGGUGCUGGUCAGGAUGUUGGCCGUAGUUGCAUUCUACUGUCAAUGGGAGGCAAAAAUAUUAUGCUUGAUUGUGGCAUGCACAUGGGUUACAACGACGAAAGGAGAUUUCCAGACUUCACUUACAUAGCACAAGAAGGCCCUCUCACAAGCUAUAUAGAUUGUGUUAUAAUUUCCCAUUUUCAUUUAGAUCAUUGCGGGGCUUUACCAUAUUUCACUGAAAUGGUUGGGUAUACAGGACCUAUCUACAUGACACAUCCAACGAAAGCUAUAGCUCCCAUUCUUUUAGAGGAUAUGAGAAAAGUCGCUGUAGAACGUAAAGGAGAAAGUAAUUUUUUUACGUCACAAAAUAUUAAAGACUGUAUGAAGAAAGUAGUGGCUGUUACUUUACACCAGUCCUUAAUGGUAGAUUCUCAGCUGGAAAUCAAAGCCUAUUAUGCUGGGCAUGUCCUAGGUGCCGCAAUGUUCUGGAUACGCGUGGGUUCUCAAUCUGUAGUGUACACAGGCGAUUAUAAUAUGACACCUGACCGACAUCUGGGUGCUGCUUGGAUUGAUAAAUGUAGACCUGACCUCUUAAUAACAGAAUCAACUUAUGCAACAACCAUAAGGGAUUCAAAACGGUGCAGAGAGCGUGAUUUUCUAAAAAAAGUACACGAGUGUGUAGACCGUGGUGGUAAAGUUCUUAUACCAGUAUUCGCCUUGGGUAGAGCUCAAGAGCUUUGUAUUUUGCUGGAAACUUAUUGGGAACGAAUGAAUCUUAAAGUGCCAGUGUAUUUUGCAGUUGGACUUACAGAGAAAGCCAAUAACUAUUAUAAAAUGUUUAUAACUUGGACAAAUCAAAAGAUACGCAAGACCUUUGUACAGAGGAACAUGUUUGAUUUUAAACAUAUAAAACCCUUUGAUAAAGCUUAUAUUGACAAUCCAGGAGCCAUGGUAGUGUUUGCCACUCCUGGGAUGUUACAUGCUGGUUUAUCCCUUCAAAUAUUCAAAAAAUGGGCACCAUGUGAAAAUAACAUGGUUAUAAUGCCUGGAUUUUGUGUUGUGGGAACAGUUGGUCAUAAAAUACUAAAUGGUGCUAAAAAAAUCGAAUUCGAAAAUCGUCAUAUAGUUGAAGUGAAAAUGGCAGUGGAGUACAUGUCAUUUUCCGCUCAUGCUGAUGCAAAAGGUAUUAUGCAACUUAUACAGUACUGUGAACCAAAAAAUGUGCUAUUAGUGCAUGGAGAGGCAACAAAGAUGGAGUUUUUAAAGGAAAAAAUUAAAAAAGAAUUUGAUAUUGAGUGCUUUACACCAGCAAAUGGAGAAACAUGUGUCAUAAACACUAAUGUUAAAAUACCAAUUGAUGUUUCUUUAAGCUUGCUCAAAGCUGAAGCCAUCAAACACAAUGCACAGCCUCCUGAUCCAAAAAGACCUCGUGUAAUGCAUGGUGUUCUUGUAGUGAAAGACAAUGCUAUGUGCCUAAUGGAUGUUGAAGAAGCUUGCAAGGAAGCAGGAAUAAAUAGACACUUUGUGAGGUUUACUUCUACACUGAGAAUGGAAGAUCCUGGUCCAGCGAGCAAAACAGCAGAAAAAUUAUUGCAGUUAAUUAAGUCCCGCUUAAAAGACUGGAAUGUUCAGCUGACAGAAGCCUCCAACAUUUCAGUUGAAUCUGUACUAGUUAAGGUUGAAGGCUCUGAUGAUGAACAGAAGAGUGUUUAUGUGUCAUGGGACAAUCAAGAUGAGGAGCUUGGAAAUUACAUUUUAGGUCUACUACAAACAAUGGGCCAUCAGAAUGUUGUGUGAAACACUAUGUUGAUGCUUUACUGCUACACAACUUAGUGUUUGGCUGAAACUGAUUAAUUAAAAUAUUGUAUUUAUUUGACACUGUGAAAAAAAACUCUCAAUUUUUGUGCAUAUCACACAAACAUAUUCAUUCCAGUUAGGUGUGAAUAGAUUAAGAAGAUAAUAACUGAGACACCAUUCAUGUUUCUAUGUAUUUUAUGCUGUUUUCCAAAGCUUUACAUAAUGAAGAAAAUUUAAUUUUUGUGUGUGAUCUUUCUUUCAAUUUCAAAGAAGCUACUUUUUACAGGUUUCUUCAUUAGUCGGUACAUUUAAAUUGUAAUGCACCUGAAAUUCCAAAAUCAUAAUUUUUGUAAGGGCUCUGCAUUACAUGUCUGAUCAUUGAUUCUGUAAUAUCACUUCUAGGCCUAAUGAUAAAAGGGAAGACUGAGUAACACGUAUUGUAAUGGUUGCCAGCAGUCAUUCCUCCAAUGGAAAGACAGAGAAGAGUAAAAUGGAAGUACAGUUCAGUCUGGAGGAAGCUAACUUUCUUUUGAAACUGCAUUUCGUUUUUUGUGGUUGAUAUACUGAUUCACCAUACUUUUCUAUUAUUUUAUUGCAAGCUGUUGCAGCAUUCUUUUGAUAUUACCUAUUCGAUAUUUAUGAAACCUCUGUAAGUUGUGUCUUGGAAUACAAAAUUCGUGAAGACUACAAGAAAUGUUUUGGCCUAAUGAGGGGGGAGAGAGUUUACCUUCCUUUCCAAGUGUUCAACAUGUUAACAUUCACAGCAUUUUUAUGUUCUUUUCUUUUACUGCAUACUUUUAUUCUAUCUGAAUGCCAUUAAGGUGAUUUAUUAUGAAGCUGCAGUUUUAUCUAACUUAAAGAAAAUGCAUAUUGCACACAUCUCCUGAAGGUAGUAAAGGUUACCUAAUAAAUGUAUAGAAGUGACUAUAUUAUCCAAGGAGAUCGUACCAUUAUAAUCUACACUAGAUAACACACAGAAACCCAGAUUUUGUAAUUACAGAGUAAAGGUGAGCAAACACAAAAAGUGGAUGUGCACUAAGACAACUCAAUAAUCUUAUAGCCUGAAGUACUGUGGAUGUAAUGAUAGAAGUGCCAUGGUGCUGACGUAUUUGUUGUAUGUAUCACAAUUUGUGUACAAAACAACAAAGUUUUGGUUUU